UCUUGGUGUGCAUCCAUUCAUUUAUCAUAUAUGCCACCAACCUGUAUCUAAUCAACAUCUGCUCAUUGCUCUAAGUUGAGUUUUGUUUUGUUAGCUUUUGGAGCUGGUCUUUUGUCGAAGAAGUUGAGCUUUGUCUGGGAGAAAAUGGGCAGAAAGUGCUCACAUUGUGGCAACAUUGGCCAUAAUUCAAGGACCUGCACUUCUUUGAGAGAAGAUCCUGCACCUUCUGGGCUUCGGCUUUUCGGUGUUCACCUUGACAUUUCUUCUUCAUUUUCUCUUGCCAUAAAGAAGAGCCUCAGCAUGGACGCUUUGCCUUCUUCAGCUUCACCCUCUUCUUCUCUAGUUUCCAUUGAUGAAGAUAAAACUUCCCUGGGCUAUCUUUCUGACGGCCUCAUGGGCUGCCGUCCCCCACAAGAAAGAAAGAAAGGAGUCCCAUGGACGGAAGAGGAGCAUCGAACAUUUUUGAUCGGCCUUGAGAGACUGGGAAAGGGAGACUGGAGGGGCAUCUCAAGAAACUUUGUGACUACAAGAACCCCAACCCAGGUGGCUAGCCAUGCUCAAAAGUAUUUCCUUCGACAAGCUUCCCUCAACAAGAAGAAGCGACGUUCAAGCCUCUUUGAUUUGGUUGGGAAAAAUAUGACUGGUGGCCACACUUCCUUUAGACAAAAAUUUGCUUCAAGUGAUCAAGUGAUUGCUGAUCUUCGUCAAGAUGUGUCAACUUCGCACGGCCGUGAUCAGGUGGUGCCCAUUUGGCUACGGCAGCCUAAAUCUUCCAUCGAUGCAUCGAAAGCAUCGAGCCCAGAUGGGGAACCAGCGGAUUUAGAGCUCACCCUUGCCACCCCAAAGCCUUUGGCAGAAACGAAAUCUUCUCCUAAACCUCUCUUCAUCAGACCUAUCAGUGUUACCUGAAUGCAAUCCAAUGAUCAACAGACCAAUUGAAUCCAUCUUUUUUUUCUGUUUAUUAGUAUUAUUAUCAGCAAAAGAGUAUGUGCUUAGUUGAUCGAUUAAGUUUUGGGCUUCAACCCAAGUGAGAACUUGUUCAUCUCUUUACAUUUUAUGUAAGGAUAUAAAGUAGUUAGUUAGGUCACUGACAAGGGAAUAAAAUAUUUAUUUUAUUUACAAGAACAAUAGC